AUGUCUGGUCUCAUUUCUGACGAGAUCGCUGAAGACUACAAGAGCUCUCUAGAGGACUUGGUCACGAACGAUGCCUCCCAAAUCCGCAACCUGACCGUCAUCGCCAAGGAGAACACAGAAUAUGCACAGGCUAUCUCCCGGGUCUUGGAAAAUCACAUUCGCUCAAUACCUCCACCUCACAAGCUCCCAGCCCUCUAUGUAGUCGAUUCCAUUGUCAAGAACAUUGGUAGUCCCUAUACACUUUUCCUGGGCCGGAAUAUGUUUCCGACCUUCAUGGAUGCAUACUCAUCGGUGGAUGCGAUGACUCGAAAGAAGCUGGAUGAGAUGCUCAACACAUGGAAGCAGCCAGCCCCGGGCUCCCUCGAUACUCGCCCCGUUUUCCCUCCCGAGAUCACACGCAACAUUGAAAGUGCCCUGAUCAAGGCGCGCACUGCAGCUCUACAACAGCAACAAGCUAGAAGCCAAACGGACCUUCUUGGCCGUCGCGGAAAUACAACUCCAACUGGGUGGAACAACGGCCCAUCUCAGAACAUGUCUCGGCACCCCCAGUAUUCCAUUAACGGCCAUACCUCGACACCUCCCGUGAGCAAUCGAGACAGUGAUCUGAAUUACCUCAACCGAGACUUGGAUGGGUUGAUUGCUUCUGCGAGGAACGACUUUGCCAAUAGUCCAUUCAACCCUGCUUGUCAACAACGCUUGAAAGCGUUGCUAGAUCUCCAGGGUAUUCUACAGAGGCAGCAGCUAACCCAGGAACAGUUGAAACUUGUCCGCGACCAGGUCUCCAUGCUUGCCGCCACCAAACCACCGUCUCCCCCUAACGCUACUUCGAUUGGUCCCGUAGCUCCUCCACAAAUCCCUGCUCCGCCCGUGCAGCCAGUCUCGCAACCCUUUCAAAACCUGUUGAAUCCCGGAACUCUCGCUGAACUGAUCAAAGCUACCGCUUCGCAUGCCCACUCCUCAACCAAGCAGCACUCCACAGCCAGCCGCACCGGAGAACCCUCUGAUCGCGGCGUUAAGAGCGCGUGGUCUUCUACCUGGUGGUUCCACACCCCUCGUGUCUUCGAGUUCAACACCGAUUCCUGGGCCUACACUGCCGUUCAUGAUGCCCAAUGGCAUGCGAUCUACGCCUCCCGCUCUCCCUACUCAAGCACCUCCCCCAAUGGCUCAUCUGGUGUUCCCAUGAACACCGCGUCUAUGAAAAUCCCCCGACUUGGAUUCAUUGUCUCGCUCUAUGACUCGAGGUCAAACAGAUGUGGAACUUGCGGCCGUCGAUUCUUUGCUACAGAGGAAGGAAAGGAGAUGAAGGCACGCCAUCUGGAUUGGCACUUCAAGACUAACCAGCGCAUGACGGAGGCUUCCAGGCGAGCCCAGACCCGUAGCUGGUACGUCGACGAAAGGGACUGGAUCAAAUCUCGCGAAGCGGGCGAUGACAACGGUGCUCUGGAUCCUCAGGCUACCGAAGGUGCCGAAGGCAUAGAUGGCAAUUCCAAGCAAGAGCCCCCAAACCCUGGAUCCGGGCUCCGAACGAUGCCACGCUCCGCAACACCCCAUGCCCUAUCUGUCAGGAGAAUGGGGACUCGUGUAUACCAUGCCAGUUGUUACGCCGAAGUGACCAAGGAUGGCCCUGCACCGGCGCGUGGUGCUAUGCCGCAAGCGCGCACUGGCACGCCGGAUUCAGUGCUGGGCAAGCGCAAAGCUGAAGGAAAUGAGUCUCCAGGUCAAAAAACGCGUGUCAAGAUGGAACAGGCUUGA